AUGGCUCUUUCACUCUUUGUAAUAGCACAACAAAAAGCAACAGCAAACCGUAAUAUCUCUUCCUCUCAAUUCAAUUCCCUCCGCCUCUGUUCCCAGCCAAUCACCUUUCAAUUUCCGCUCACGCUUUCACCCGUAUCUCCCUCUAUUUCUUCCGUCAAACAGCACCAACAACUUCCGCGAUUUCCAGCCGCUCAUCUCCCAACAGCAUCAUCAAUUGUCGCAGCUCCUGCUAUGCGAGACUACAACCAUCUGCUUCCGACUUCGACAAGUUUCGGUAAAUCUCGAUAUCACUUCUCUUUUGUUGUUUGUGAAAUUGCCAUGCUGCUUGAAUCUAAAUUGUAG